AUGGAACAGCCGAGCAAAAAACGUAAAGUCAUUAACGACUUCUUCAAGCCCAUUAGCAAACGCCCGAGUCCAGAGCUAGUCUUGAUGCCUCCUCAGCCCCGACUGGAAGAAAAUCCAAAGCAAGCCUUCACCCUUAAAGAGACGCCGGUACCAGGCUUGACUCUCCUGAUCAACUUCAUAACGCCUGCCGAAGAGCGAAGCAUACUAGACUUCCUCAAAGAUUCCGCAAAAUGCAUUUGGCGAACGGAUCUCAGCCGCCGUACAAUGCAUUCCGGAGGCACAUACUGCCUUAUGCCACCCAAAUCUGAUACCUCGACUAAAGCAAAGCCUAAGACACUGCAAGCGCCGCCCAUACCCCGAGAGCUGGAGUGGCUCAUCCAGCGUAUGGUAGACGCGCAUGUCUUCCACAACUACCAAAGGCCGCAGUAUUGCAUCGUCAACGAAUACACCGAUAGCCUAGGCAUCUCUGCGCACACUGAGAAUUUUCAAUUCGGAGAGCCGGUUGUCGGGCUUAGCUUAUUGUCGGCUUGUCCAAUUCGAUUUCAUGAGUUGACGGAGCCUUUUGAUGGUUCUGUGCGUAGUGGAAAGGCUGGUAAGGCGAAGAAGACAGGCAGAAAGGUUGAUGUGAAUAUGCCGGGAAAAAGCUUGUUAGUAAUGAGAGGUGAGAGCCGGUGGAAGUGGCAGCAUGAGAUUGUGAGGAGUGCGGAGGGGAGAGGGGUGGGGUGGAAGCGGGUUAGUUUGACGUUUAGGUACAAAGCCGAGGAUGAGAACCAUGAAAGGUGA